AUGGCGCGUCAGGAACCACAGCUGGAGCUGGCGGCGACGCUGGAGGAGCCCACUGCCCCCACGGUAUCGGCACCUCGCGCCCACCAACGAAGAGGCGAGGGAAGGCGCCCGCGGACGGACCAUCCUGGGGAAGGGGGGGGUUACGGGGAAGAACAAACGGAGGGGCGGGUGACACGGGGGGUGAACGUCGCUGGGGCUGCAAUGGUGGCGGAAACCAAUGGCGAGAAGGCGGUCGAGGGGGCGGGGGCUGCGGGGGCGGUGGCUGAGGCGGCAGUUGCGGUGGUGCCUGGCGCUGCUGCUGCUGACGGGACAGCCGCUGCCUCUGACGGCGGCUCAGUUUCACCCUCUGCCACCCCCCUGGCUGCAUCGCGGCUGGCUGAGGAGCGGGUGCUGGUUGCGGAACCGGGACAGCAGGAGGAAGAGGGGGCGGGGCUGGCGGCGUCCCCGGCGCCGGUGGUUGCGGCGGUGAUCGCUGCGGUUGUGACGGCGGCGGUGGGAACACAGGAUGGUGGAACGAGCGCGGAGGGAGUAGGGGCUGCCGCUGAGUUCGCCGGGAUGCCUGUUGCUGACGAGGGCGCAGGAACGCAGGAGCGCGACCAGGCGGCGGACGGAAGACAGGGCCGCGGGAAGAGCGCCGCUGCUCCCGCCGCCUGCGGGAAAAAGGGGAAGCGGCCCCGCGCCCAGCCAGCAGCAAGGCGGCCUGGAGCAGGACUGAGGCCUGGUCCCCCGGGACCCCUCCUGGGCUGGCUGCGGCAAGGGCAGUCGCCACAAGAGCCAGGGCUUCCGUCGUCAUCAAGGGGCGCGGCGGCGGUACAGCAGGAGCCACAGGUGCCAGUGGCAACGCCGUUCGUGAUGCAGGUAGCACCAACGCAGGGGCCGGAGGGUUCCAGCAGCGGUGCCGAUGGGGCGCCCCCAGCGACAGUUCCAACGGCGGCAGCGGCCGGCACGUGUGAGGCAGUGGCGGCGACGACCGGCGUGAGACGCUCGGCUAGACUCGGGGAGGCAGGGGAGGGCGCAACGCAGCACCCAGAACUGAGAUCCCUGCUAGAACGGGCCCUUGGCGGGAACGUCACGCCAGACCUGAGAGAGCAGCCUCAGACGAAUGAGGAACCGGAAGCAUCUGACAACAAUGAUGCCGAUCCGGAGUUUAUGGCUGGGGAGGACGAGGUUUCUGAGGAGAUUUCACUGGAUGAUGAGGAAGCUCCGCCCAGACGGGACAACCCAGCACCACAAACACGAGAAGCGGCGGGGGGAAUCCCACCAGCCUCUGUGGAGCCAGCGGAAGCGGCCACGGGAGACACUGAUGUUCCAUCGCCAGCCGACCUGGCUAGUGAUGACGCCAUCUGGCACAUGGCGGGGGGGUGGAAUGUGGACAUUCUUCAGCGAAGUGAUCAGCCAUUCCUUGUCCGCCGUCUGCCAACUCAGCUUCUGGACCGAUAUUGUCUAUGCAUGCUGGCAGCUCUCCACCGCCUGGACAAAAAUCCAAGCUGCCCAGGGGGAUGGAUGGUGCUGCUGUUCUUGCCGAGGCUCACCCUGAGGCCAGCACCCGAACCUGCUGUGGGGAGCCGCUGGGCAGCAAUUGAGGCACGGCUGCACAAAUUCCAGAGGGGCGAGUGGACUGACCUUUUCGAAGAGGCAGGGACCAUACCCGCUAUUGGUGCUCCGGGACCCUGCCUUGGCCAACGAAGAGCUGCUACUGCUUUUCGCCAAGGUGGUCAAUCAGCUGCUUAG